GAUACUCCAAUCCACAUUGCAAAGGAUUGGUAUCAAUAUGUGAAGGAUCAUGAGUUGAAGUAUAGGGAUGUUGUGCACUUUAGGCCAGUUAGCACUCACAACAAUUUGGUUAAUGUUACCAUUACCCGUGGGCAGCCGUAUGUAUAAUAUAUGGCAUCUCAAUCAUUCUCUUCGACACAAAGAAGAAAUGGGAUUGCUGAUGGAAGGCUCUGUACUUGCGGCCUUACCCCAGCCCUAAAGACUUCAUGGUCCAGUAGUAAUUAUGGACGAAGAUAUUUUCAAUGUCCUUUGAAGGCUUGUGGGUAUUAUGAUUGGCUUGAUCCCCCUGUGCAUGGGCAAGUUGUUGAAGCCCCCAUGACUGCUGCUGUGACUCCUGGUCAAGUUGAUGAUUGCUUUGAAGGAUUAAAGAGGGCAGAAGCUUUGAUCUCUGACUACAAGAGAAGGGAACAAAUGUAUUUCAUUGUUGUUGUUGUCUCUUUGGUAGUUGAUGUGCUACUUAUUUUGUUUAAGUGAUUUACACAAGCUUUGGAUAUGUAAAACUGUUUUUGAGAAGUGGUCACAUGUAUGUGUACUCUUUUUGAAUUAUUAACUCUUUUAUGAGAAGUGCUCACAUGAGUCCUCUUUUUAAACUU